AUGUACUCCGGUAGGGAUGCCGCAAAUACUGCGUAUCCCACGCAGUGGGCUCUAAAUCCCACAGCAUAUCAGAAUGUUGAUACUAGUCAUGUUGAUUGGGCCGCUUUAGCGCAGCAAUGGAUUGCAAUGAAGGAAGCGGCGGCGAUUGUAGCCGCGCCGCCGCCUCCUGCCCUGAGGGCGGAGGAAGAGGGCGAAGCGCCCAUGGAAGUUGAGAACCCAGAUAACAACUCAGACGGCCCUCCCGGUGCCGAGUGGAACUCCACAACCAACUCAUGGGGUGGAUCUUGGAAUCAAUGGGGUUGGGGAUGGUCAGGUUCAGGGCCAGUGGAGCCUAAAAUACCACCAGACCCUGCUAUAGGUAUACCUCCUCUCGUAGAAGGGUAUACCGUACCCCCAGAAACAGCUGCUCCAAUACCUGGAUACACAACAGGCACUCCUGCCCCAACAUUCCAGCAUGGCUACUGGACUGCACCGCAGGUGGAACAGAAUAACAGCAGGAGCAGUAGUUCCAGUCGAGACAGGCGAUCUAAGAGCAAGAAUAGGGAACACAAGCCAACUAGAACUUCCAGGGCACAGAGGGAUAAAGCGCCCGCGAUACCCCCAGUGAUCGAGCCAAUAGUUAUGCCUACGACUAUGGUGACAUCUACAAUUGAUGCAGCUAAGCGGCGUCAGCUUCCAGCUUGGAUUAGGGAAGGUUUAGAAAAAAUGGAGCGUGAGAAGCAGAAGGCGAUAGAAAGAGAGCAGGAGUUGAAGGCAAGAGAAGAAGCAGAGAAAGAAAAGAAGAGAUUAGAAGAAGAGGAAUUAGAACGAAUGAAAGCAGAGGCUGGAGGCCAACCGGUCAUGCCACCUAAGAGUAAAUUCGAAUCGGAUUCCGAAGGUGAAGACCAGGAGAAGGAGCCAGCGUCGUCGAGUCCAGUGAAGGAGGAGCCACCGGACGAGGCCAACGCUCCGCCUGACGAGAGAGAGGAACCUCCCGCUCUCGUCAAGAGGAGUAAAGAGGAGAUCAUGCAAGAAGUGAUGCUUGCAGUCCGUCGCUCCCUAACAGAAAUCCUCCUUGAGGUGACUGACCAGGAGAUUCAAACGGUGAGCCAGGAAGAAUUGGCCCGAUAUACCGCCCUACAAGCAUCGCGCCUCAACGCCAUGAAGGCGAGCAAGUCGAAGGCACUGGCCGCUAUCGCCAGUGGGCUCGGGCUGGGCGCGUACGAGAGCAGCUCCGACGACAGCGAGGAAGAGGACCAGGACGAACUUUCUGAUCAACAGCUACAGGAUAUCAUCAAGCGCAAGAGGUUGGACUUCGAGCGCACUGCACGGGAGAUAGAAGCUGAAGUGCGGCGUGCUGAAGCAAGAGAAGCUAUUGAAGAGUCUUCCACUCCCAACAACACUACGCCGGAGAGACCAAGGCGAUCACGUUCAUCUGCUACACCACCACCAGACAGUGACACCCCUGACAAGUUACCUGAACGUCGCCUCUCGAAAGACAAAAGAAAUCAUAAGUCAGAGAAAACUGAUGGAGUCAGAAAAUUAGACACUAUUCUAGAAGAAAAAGUUAAGAAAUCAAGUAAAAGAGAUCGAACACCUAGCCCCUAUUCAAAAUCUUCCAGUAAAGCCAACAAAGAAAGCUCUUCGUCCACCAGUGACUCUGAAGAUGAUUCCUCAUCCAGCUCAAGCGAAUCCUCGUCGGAAACUGAACAAGAUUCCACAGCCCAUUCUAAAUCCAAGAAACGCAAACGUCGGGGCUCCAGUUCUAGUGGGUCGCGUAGAAAAUCAAAGAAAGACAAACAUAGAAAAGACAAAUCUCACAAAUCAAGCGAUAGGAGUUAUUCCAAGUCUAAAUACUACGACGACUCCGAGAAAUCCGACAAGUUUAGGUCCAAGAAAAAAGAUGAUUACUACGAUAGACACAAAUCUUCUAGGAGUAGGGACUACGACAAACAUAAAUAUCGUGAUGACUCCGAGGAGGAGCGUCCUAGGAAGCGUACGAAGCGGUCGCGUUCCAUCAGCUACGAAUCGCGCUCGGGGCGCAAGAAGGCAUCGCGGGAUCGGUCGGAAGAGCGUUCGCACAAGAGGGACAAGAGGUCAUACGACAGGGAUAGCUCCAAGCGGGACAGGUCUUACGACAGGUCGGGCCGAGACUACGACAAGUACGAUAGGUAUGAGCGGUCUAGGGACUACGACCGGCGUCGAUCGCGCAGCGGCAGUCACUCCCGCCACCGCCGGUGA